AGAAGAGUUACAAGGGGAAAUGACAUCGCAUGUUAAUGUUUGACAGCUGUAUAUUUACCGUCUAUGCGUAUGCAGUUGUGAAGUGAACCUUUAUGCGAUCACCCAGCAUCUAAGAGGUUUCUGAUUUGACUGUUUCAGUGUGACAAUGCCUGUGAUUCAGGCCCGUGUGCUGACCCUCAACAAGGGUGAGAACAGGGAGACAACUCUGUACCGACUGGAAAAAGGAUGGACUCUCCGAUUCGUCCUCGGUCCAUCUCUUUUGUCCGCUUCUGUGCGCCUCUUCUGCAACCACCCUCCGUCUAGAGACAAGGCCUUCGAGCGGACAACCUACUAUGAAUUGCCAUGGAGGAGUCCUAGUGGGAUGAAGAGUGAUCGCUAUGACGUUGUCGCUGAAGUCAACAUGGGAAUAGCCGGGUCCUUCAACUACUUCUUCACAAUCGAUUCCAGUGAAAUCCCUGCUAAUGCCGAUGGUCAGGGUUACUUUCUUGUUGAUCCAACCCUCCAUCUAGGGUCAGACAAUGUGGAGAUAACUCUUGACUGCAUCCAGUGUCAGACUGUCAUUACCAAACUCCUUGGACCAUUUUCCCAGUGGGAGAACCGACUACGAGUUGCCAAGGAAACAGGAUACAAUCUUAUACACUUCACUCCAAUACAAGAACUUGGUAUUUCUAAUUCCGCAUACUCCAUACGAGAUCAACGAAUUUUGAGCCCAGUGUACAACGAUGAUCAACAGUAUUCAUACAAAGAUGUCAAAAAUCUUGUAGAGACUAUGAAGAAUGACUGGCAAGUACUGGCGUUGACAGAUUUAGUAUUUAAUCACUCCUCAAAGGACAGUCCGUGGGUGCUUGAGCAUCCAGAAUGUGCCUAUAAUUUGGAGAAUGCACCUCAUCUGGUACCACCGUAUGUGUUGGACCGAAUAUUCCACCAGUUCAGUGAAGAGGUUGCUAAGGGCAAGUGGGUUUCUAAGGGUGUCCCUUCCACCAUUGACAGUGAGAGUCAACUCCAGGCAAUACGUCAUGUACUGUUAACUGAGGUGAUUCAGCGCUACAAACUCCACGAGUUCUACACUGUUAAUGUUGACAGCACAAUGAAGGAAUUCAAGAGGGGAAUCGAAGAGAACCGUCUCAUCUCUGACAGCAUGGAUGCCGUGGACAUUCUUCAGGACCCCCAGUAUCGUCGGCUCAAGUCAAAGGUUGACAUUAGCACUGCCCUGAAGCUCUUCAACAUAGACAGGCCGGGUGCCCUCAACAGACAGGAAAGGAUUUCAAAGUGCUGUGAGAGUUUACUUAACAGGCUGAAUCAUCUCAAUGGUGCAAAGGAAGGGGAAAUCGGGGAACACAUCAAGGUCGCCGUCGACAACUUUGUUGCCAAUGUAAGGUGGCGGUUUCUUGACCCGAAUGGACCCAAGGUUGGAACUGUCACAGAAAAACAGCCCUUGAUGUACAGCUACUAUGUGUGGCCGGUGUCUCACGGUGGGACAGCUGACAAGGCGGAACAGAUGGUCACGUCAGGGGAGGGAGCCCAUGUGAUGGCAGUCAACGGAUGGGUCAUGGGGGAUGAUCCUCUCCAAAACUUUGCAGAGGAAGGUAGGAGACAAGUCCUAAAACGAGAACUGUUAGCAUGGGGAGACAGCGUGAAACUACGCUAUGGACAGAAACCAGAAGACUGCCCCUUUCUGUGGAAUCACAUGAGGGAUUAUGCAGAGACAACUGCCAGGAUCUUCCAUGGUGUGAGACUGGACAACUGUCACAGCACACCUAUACAUGUGGCUGAGUACAUGUUGGAUGCUGCUAGGAAGGUGCAGCCUGACCUGUAUGUGAUCGCAGAGUUGUUCACUGGGGGCGAGCACCUUGACAAUCUCUUCAUCAACAGACUGGGCAUCAACUCUCUCAUCAGAGAGGCACUGACAGCCUGGGACGCCCAUGAAGAAGGUAGGCUGGUUCACCGAUAUGGAGGUGUCCCAGUUGGGUCAUUUGUCCAGCCCCGCGUCCAGCCCCUAGUGCAAACAGUGGCUCAUGCUAUCUUCUUUGAUCAGACUCAUGACAACCGAAGUCCAAUAGAGAAACGUUCUGCUUACGAUCUCUGGCCGUCUGCUGCCCUAGUAGCCAUGGCAUUCUGUGCAACAGGAAGUAACAGAGGAUACGACCAACUUGUCCCUGAGCACAUCCAUGUAGUGAAGGAGAAGAGAUUGUACCCAUCCUGGACAGAGGCCGACAACCCAGAUGCCAGCCACAUGAACAAGACAUUCGGCAUCACAUCGGGGAAGAGGAUGUUGAACCAGCUCCACUAUGAGAUGGGCAUGAAUGGAUUCACACAGGUGUAUGUUGAUCAGAUUGACCCUGCCAUUGUGUCGGUGACCAGGCACAACCCACGAACCCACGAGUCUAUAAUCCUGAUAUCCCACACAGCAUUCCAGCACCCUGACAACCCUGACGAGACAAGAUACAUCCGACCCAUCACCGUAGAAGGGAUGAUCGAGGAGAUUAUAUUUGAGGGUCGUAUGCGCUGUGCAAAAGGUUACACUUACGAGAAAAACAAAGACUUCAUCAAUGGGCUUCCGCAGUAUUACCUUGAACUCCGAGAGCAUGUGAAGGUCGAGAAGAGUGGUAUGGUGAAGGUCAAACAGAUGGGCGACAAGAUGGAGGUGUCGUUUGUGUCCUUCACUCCUGGCAGCGUGGUUGCAUUCAGAUCAUCUCUACGGCAACCAGCCAAGAAUGCCAUACUGGAGAUCCGAAGAGGCCUUGGUCAGUUCGGCUACUUGAUGCGAUCCUACAGUGGACACACCAUGUUUGAUGAGUCGUGGGAUACGUCCAACUUCCGAGCCAUCGUCUCCCAUCUGUCUCUAGCCGAUCUCAACCGCGUUCUGUACCGAGUGGAAGCAGAGGAGCGUGAUGAUGGCAACGGGUUUGGAUCCUACCACAUCCCCAACUAUGGGGACCUGGUCUACUGUGGACUGAGAGGGAUAAUCUCACUGUUGGCUGAGAUCCGACCUCAGAAUAACCUUGGUCAUCCUCUGUGUGAAAACUUGCGGUCAGGGGACUGGCUUGCUGACUAUAUUGCCAACAGGCUCAAGGUGCAUCAAGGGACAGAGCAUCUGGGCAGCUGGUUCGAAGCUGUGUUUAGUCACCUGAAGAAGGUGCCCCGCUACCUGGUGCCAUGUUACUUUGAUGCCAUAGUGUCCGGAGCCUAUGUCGUGCUACAUACCAUGGUAGUUCAGCAACUGUCAGACUUUAUUCGUGAUGGCUCCACUUUUGUACAAGCACUUGCCAUGGGCUCUGUCCAGUUUUGUGGAUUUGUCAAAACCUCCAAGUUACCUCCCUUGUCACCUGACCUAGCAGAGCCACCUGCACGGAGAGAAGUGGACCUGAAAACAGGGGAGGAAACUGAGGCAACACUGUCCUGUGCUGCAGGUUUCCCCCACUUUGCCAGUGGCUACAUGAGGAACUGGGGCAGAGACACCUUCAUAGCCCUGAGGGGGCUCCUGCUGCUGACAGGGAGAUACCAGGAGGCAAGAUGCUUGAUACUGGCUUUCGGGGGAACACUGCGACAUGGUCUGAUCCCUAACUUACUUAACGAGGGAACAGGAGCUCGCUACAACUGCCGUGAUGCCAUCUGGUGGUGGCUACAGGCAAUACAGGAAUACACCAAACUAGCACCAGGAGGCAAUGAUAUACUUAAGGAUAAGGUGUCCCGACUCUACCCAACAGAUGACAGUGAGGCUCUCCCUCCAGGUGCUCAUGAUCAGCCUCUCUUUGAGGUCAUCCAGGAGGCUCUCCGUCGCCAUGCAGAGGGCAUCAAGUUUCGGGAGCGCAAUGCAGGACACCAGAUCGACAGUGAGAUGGCUGAUCCAGGGUUCAAUUUAGAAGUGGGUGUGAAAUGGGACACUGGGUUUGUUUACGGAGGCAAUGAACACAAUUGUGGUACAUGGAUGGACAAGAUGGGCAGUUCCCCCAAGGCAGGCAACAAGGGCAAGCCAGCAACUUCCAGAGACGGGUCUGCUGUGGAACUGGUGGGACUGAGUGUCUCCACCCUGAGAUGGCUAACCAGCCUACACGACAAGGGCUUGUACCCCUACAGUGAGGUGACAGCCUCAGAUGAUGGCCAGCAAUAUGCUGUGUCGUUUACCCAGUGGGCAGACAAGAUCAAGGACAACUUUGAGAAAUGUUUCUGGAUCAGCAAGAUCCCAGACCCCAAGGAGACCACACCCGAGCUGAUCCACAGGAGGCCUAUGUACAAAGACAGCUACCAUGCCACACAGUUCUGGGCUAACUUCCAACUCAGGCCCAACUUUGCAGUUGCAAUGGUGGUGGCCCCAGAGUUGUUUGAUGUGGACAAUGCAUGGUCAGCCCUGGAGACUGCUGGGGAGGUUCUUGUUGGACCCCUCGGGAUGAAGACGCUGGACUCAAGGGACUGGGCCUAUGAAGGAGAUUAUGACAACGCCAACGACGGAGACAACAUCAAGCUGGCCCGGGGAUGGAACUAUCAUCAAGGACCGGAGUGGGUGUGGCCUAUUGGGUACUUCUUACGAGCCAAGCUGUACUUUGCAUCAAUCCUGGAGAAGACGAAGCCAGGUGUCCUGAAAGAGACCGUCAACUUCGUGGAAACUGCGCUGAGUCGGCACUAUAAGGAGGUCAUGACCUCGCCAUGGCAGUCUCUGCCAGAACUCACCAACUCCAAAGGAUCAUACUGCAGAGACAGUUGCAGAGCCCAGGCAUGGAGUACUGGGUGUGUUCUGGAGGUUCUCUACGAUCUGGAGAUGUUACAGAAGGACGAGGCUGCUUGAUGCAGGCUGUCGUAGAUGCUGGACACUUAGCUUACACCAAAGUUGUAGACUGAGCAGAUUGUUGGAGAGUCAUGUAGCACACUGUUUGCCACACACUUCAGAAGGAAGGGAGGAACAGUGUCAAGUCUUAAGUGUUUUUAUUCUGGAAUAGUGUUGAAAGUGUUCUGGAAAAUCAAAUCUAUAGUCAUACUUGAUGUUUGUUUUAGUUGUUGAACACUACACUCCGUGAUAUUCCAACUAUAUGGUGGUAUACUUUGGGUAAUUUCUUCUUAAAAACUACUGGUCUGAUAAGUCUAGAAUAGAAAGAGAGGGAAAAAUACUGCUGUAUGCUUGUUCCACUGAAUGCUAAAUCAUUGUGUUGCUAUUUUAAUACAUGCAUAGGGAUUUGUUUUCUUUUUAAAUCACUUACACGCUUUCUUCUUUCUGUAGGUGCCAGUCCUCUCUCAGUGUUCAUGAGAAAAUGUCAAAUCAUGUUCAGCCAAAAAGUGUUCAGAUUUUUUAAUUUCCACAAUAUAGAAAGUAUGGAUGAAAGGUUCCAGUAUUCUGAAAAGAUUAUUAUGAUGGCAUAUUUAUGAUGACAAUCCCCGAUCUCUUAGAUAGCAUUAUAUUGCACUCGAUCUCAGCACUGCUAGUCUCAUCACCUGUUUCUGCAUUGUUUGUUGUUCUGCUAGUUUUGCAGCUGAAAAUCAUGAACUGCAAUCAUUUAUGGUGUUCAGUGUCCAACUAAAAGUGAGUUAGUUCAAAGUAUGCUUAUGGGAGCAGAGGCUGCAACAUUCUUUGUCCUGUAACAUUGCUGAGCUGGAACCUUGAUGUGUGACACUGUAACAUGGUAUGAUGGCAUCCAAGGAUGUCGGUGCUCAUUAUAAAUAGAGGGAUAAGUAGAUGCACAUAUAUUUUAUCCAUUUUCAAAACAAUUUACACGUGCAGAUACUUAUUAGGAUGUUUUCAUUUUGAUAAACAUUUAUCCAUAUGUGGUUAACAUAUUUUGGAAAGUUAAAUGCUAUUAAUGAUACUUUAAUAUGAAACUGUUACACAAUGUGCCCAAACAGUAAAUGCUUGGUAACACCAGUCUCUUCUCAUAUGGACAGAUUCAGUGAUGCAGAUUUUUUAAAAGAUUAGCUUAGAAACAGAUAGAUACAGCGUUACUAGCAUCAGGGAUUAAAAAAUAUUUAAGUUAAAAAAU